UCUGAAGUUACACCCAUCACAGAAUUUUCAUAGAGCUGGACUAGUGGAAGAAUCUGUCUAUGAUCUUCUCCCAAAGGAGUUACAGUUACCUCCGUCUAGAGAAACAUCUGUAGCAUCAAUGAGUCAAACAAGUGGUGGUGAGGCAGGCUCGCCUCCUCCAGCUGUAGUUGCUGCUGAUGCUUCUUCAGCUCCCUCCUCUUCCUCCAUGGGCGGUGCUUGCAGCUCCUUUACCACCUCUUCCAGCCCUACCAUUUAUUCUACCUCAGUCACCGACAGCAAGGCUAUGCAAGUGGAGAGCUGCUCCUCAGCCGUGGGGGUAAGUAACAGAGGGGUAAGUGAAAAGCAGUUAACCAGUAACACAGUUCAGCAGCAUCCAUCAACACCGAAGAGGCACACAGUCUUGUACAUCUCACCACCACCUGAGGACUUGCUGGAUAACAGUCGGAUGUCCUGCCAGGAUGAGGGGUGUGGAUUGGAAUCUGAGCAAAGCUGCAGUAUGUGGAUGGAGGAUUCCCCCUCCAACUUCAGUAACAUGAGCACCAGUUCCUACAAUGAUAACACUGAGGUACCUCGUAAAUCACGAAAACGAAAUCCAAAGCAGAGGCCGGGGGUCAAACGACGAGAUUGUGAAGAAUCUAAUAUGGAUAUAUUUGAUGCCGACAGUGCCAAAGCACCUCACUAUGUGCUUUCUCAGCUUACCACGGACAACAAAGGCAACUCAAAAGCAGGAAAUGGAAUAUUGGAAAACCCAAAAGGAACUGGAAUAAAGAAGAGCCCUAUGUUGUGUGGACAGUAUCCUGUUAAAAGUGAGGGAAAAGAGCUGAAGAUAGUUGUACAACCGGAGACCCAGCACCGAGCUCGGUACUUGACUGAAGGCAGCCGUGGCUCAGUAAAGGAUAGAACACAGCAAGGCUUUCCUACAGUAAAGCUGGAAGGCCAUAAUGAACCAGUAGUGUUACAAGUAUUUGUGGGCAAUGAUUCUGGCCGAGUGAAACCACAUGGAUUUUAUCAGGCCUGCAGGGUAACUGGACGAAAUACAACUCCCUGUAAAGAAGUGGACAUUGAAGGCACUACUGUUAUAGAAGUUGGCCUUGAUCCCAGCAACAACAUGACACUGGCUGUUGACUGUGUAGGGAUAUUGAAAUUGAGGAAUGCUGAUGUUGAAGCCAGAAUAGGAAUCGCUGGUUCCAAGAAAAAAAGUACUCGUGCCAGACUGGUUUUUCGAGUUAAUAUUACAAGAAAAGAUGGCUCCACUUUGACACUGCAAACACCUUCUUCUCCGAUUUUGUGUACUCAGCCAGCGGGAGUGCCGGAAAUCCUAAAGAAAAGCUUGCAUAGCUGUUCAGUGAAAGGAGAGGAAGAAGUGUUUUUAAUCGGCAAGAACUUUCUGAAAGGAACUAAAGUUAUUUUCCAAGAAAAUGUCUCUGAUGAAAAUUCUUGGAAGUCAGAAGCUGAAAUCGACAUGGAAUUAUUUCAUCAGAAUCAUCUUAUUGUGAAGGUUCCCCCAUAUCAUGACCAACAUAUAACUUUGCCUGUGUCAGUGGGAAUAUAUGUAGUGACCAAUGCUGGAAGAUCUCAUGAUGUGCAGCCAUUCACUUACACUCCAGACCCAGCAGCAUCUGGUGCUUUGAAUGUAAAUGUGAAGAAGGAAAUAUCUAGUCCAGCAAGACCUUGUUCUUUUGAAGAAGCCAUGAAAGCAAUGAAAACUACUGGAUGUAACUUAGAUAAGGUAAAUAUUCUUCCCAAUGCCCUGAUCACUCCACUCAUAUCAAGCAGUAUGAUUAAGAGUGAAGAUGUUACUCCAAUGGAAGUAACAGCAGAAAAAAGAUCUUCUCCUAUUUUUAAGACUACAAAGACAGUUGGAUCAACUCAGCAAACAUUAGAAAAUAUCUCUAACAUAGCAGGAAGCGGAUCUUUUUCAUCACCACCAUCUUCCCACUUACCUUCUGAAAACGAAAAGCAGCAGCAGAUACAGCCAAAAGCGUACAACCCAGAGACUCUGACAACUAUCCAAACACAGGACAUCACACAGCCUGGUACCUUUCCAGCAGUCUCUGCUUCCAGUCAGCUGCCCAAUAGCGAUGCACUGCUGCAGCAGGCAUCUCAGUUUCAAACGAGAGAGACUCAAUCAAGAGAGGUACUGCAGUCAGAUGGUACAGUGGUUAAUUUGUCACAACUAACUGAGGCAUCACCGCAGCAGCAACAAUCACCACUGCAAGAACAAGCACAGACUUUACAGCAGCAGAUUUCAUCAAAUAUUUUUCCAUCACCAAGUAGUGUGAGUCAGCUACAGAACACUAUUCAACAGUUGCAAGCAGGGAAUUUUACAGGCAAUACUGCUAGUGGCAGCAGUGGGAGCGUUGACUUGGUCCAACAAGUUUUAGAGGCACAACAACAGUUAUCUUCAGUUUUAUUUUCUGCUCCAGAUGGUAAUGAAAGUGUUCAAGAACAGCUUAGUGCAGAUAUUUUUCAACAAGUCAGUCAGAUUCAGAAUAGUGUAAGCACUGGGAUGUUUUCUUCAACAGAGCCAGCAGUUCAUACCAGACCAGAUAAUUUAAUAGCUGGAAGAGCUGAGAGUGUUCAUCCCCAGACUGAAAACACAUUAUCCAGUCAACAACAGCAACAACAGCAACAGCAAGUGAUGGAAUCAUCUGCUGCAAUGGUGAUGGAGAUGCAACAGAGUAUCUGCCAGGCUGCUGCCCAAAUUCAGUCAGAGUUAUUCCCUUCAACUGCUUCAGCAAAUGGAAACCUUCAACAAUCACCCGUGUACCAGCAGACUUCACACAUGAUGAGUGCACUAUCUAACAACGAGGACAUGCAGAUGCAAUGUGAAUUAUUUUCUUCUCCUCCUCCAGUUUCUGGAAAUGAAACUUCUACAACCACCACACAGCAGGUUGCAACCCCAGGCACUACCAUGUUUCCGACAUCAAGUUCAGGAGAUGGAGAAGAAACUGGAGCACAAGCAAAACAAAUCCAGAGCAGUGUCUUUCAGACCAUGGUUCAAAUGCAGCAUAGUGGAGAAAGUCAACCUCAAGUUAACCUUUUUUCAUCUACAAAAAGUAUGAUGAGUGUCCAGAGUAGUGGGACUCAACAACAAGGUAAUGGUUUAUUCCAGCAAGGUAAUGAGAUGAUGUCACUUCAAUCUGGGAAUUUUUUGCAGCAGUCUUCUCAUUCACAGGCUCAGCUUUUCCAUCCUCAAAAUUCUAUUGCUGAUGCUCAGAACCUUUCCCAGGAAACUCAAGGUUCUAUUUUUCAUAGUCCAAAUCCUAUUGUCCACAGUCAGACUUCUACAACGUCUUCGGAACAAAUGCAGCCUCCCAUGUUUCACUCUCAGAGUACCAUUGCUGUGUUACAAGGCUCUUCAGUUCCUCAAGACCAACAGUCAACCAACAUAUUUCUUUCCCAGAGUUCUAUGAAUAAUCUUCAGACUAACACAGUAGCUCAAGAAGAACAGAUUUCAUUUUUUGCAGCCCAGAACUCAAUUUCUCCACUUCAGUCAGCCUCAAAUUCUGAACAGCAAGCUGCUUUCCCACAGCAAGCUCCAAUAUCACACAUUCAGACCCCUAUGCUUUCCCAAGAACAGGCACAACCCUCUCAGCAAGGUUUGUUUCAGCCUCAGGUGUCACUGGGCUCCCUUCCACCUACUCCAUUGCCUCAGAACCAACAAGGGACAAUUUUCCAAUCACAGCACUCAAUAGUUGCCAUGCAGAGUAACUCUCCAUCCCAGGAGCAACAGCAGCAACAGCAGCAGCAGCAGCAGCAGCAACAGCAGCAGCAGCAGAGCAUUUUAUUCAGUAAUCAGAAUACCAUGGCCACAAUGACAUCUCAAAAGCAACCACCUCCGAACUUGAUAUUUAACCCAAAUCAAAAUCCAAUGGCUAAUCAGGAGCAACAGAAUCAGUCAAUUUUUCACCAACAAGGUAAUAUGGCCCCAAUGAACCAAGAGCAGCAGCCCAUGCAAUUUCAGAAUCAGCCUACAGUUACUUCACUUCAGAACCCAGGUCCUACCCAGUCUGAAUCAUCACAGACCUCCUUGUUCCAUAGCUCUCCUCAGAUUCAGUUGGUACAAGGGUCACCAAGUUCUCAAGAGCAGCAAGUAACACUCUUCCUCUCUCCAGCAUCCAUGUCUGCCUUGCAGACCAGUAUAAACCAACAGGACAUGCAACAGUCCCCUCUUUAUUCCCCUCAGAACAACAUGCCCGGAAUCCAAGGGGCCACAUCUUCAACUCAGCCACAGGCUCCUUUAUUUCACAACACUGCAGGAGGCACAAUGAACCAACUACAGAGUUCUCCUGGCUCAUCUCAGCAGACUUCAGGAAUGUUCUUAUUUGGCAUUCAAAAUAACUGUAGUCAGCUUUUAACCUCUGGACCAGCCACAUUGCCAGAUCAGUUGAUGGCCAUAGGUCAGCCAGGCCAACCACAAAAUGAGGGCCAGCCACCUGUGACAACACUUCUUUCUCAGCAAAUACCAGAGAAUUCUCCACUGGCAUCCUCUAUAAACACCAACCAGAAUAUCGAAAAGAUUGAUUUGCUUGUUUCAUUGCAAAACCAAGGGAACAACUUGACUGGCUCUUUUUAACUGGAUAUAAAUUCCACAAGGAAAAUCCUGAUUCCAAGAUGGCCUGAGAUGUGUGGCUCCACGAAGAUUAUUGAAUUGUUCCUUUAAAAACAAAACAAAAUAUGAAAAACUACAUUUGAGUAAAUGGAUAGAUUUUACUCUUGACUGCAAAAGAGCACAUCUUGCUGCUUGUUGCAGUGAUUAGCCACCGAUGUUAACAUCUUCGUGUUUUAUGUUCCUAAUAACAGUGAUGACUGAGAAUCUACUUGAGUUUCCAGCUGACAGAAUUAAUUGUCGCUAUUUUCCUAGGCACAGUUUCUUUAAAAAUAUGGUUUAAAUUCAAGGCUGGACCUCUCAGUUAUUAUUGCUAUUAGAAAAUAUUAUUUGUCAUGCUUAAUUUGUUCAUUGAUUUCUUUCCUGCAUUGUUUUAGUCAGGUAAUGGCUUUUGAAAAUGUAAAGUUCAGUAAUAACUAUGGCUGUGAUUCUUUUACUUUGAAAAGCACAGCUGCUGGCCAAAGUGAAGAAAUCUUUUUUCAGUUUUUAUGGAGAAACUGAGGGGUAACAUUCUGAUAAGUGAGCUGUAUUAAGAACUAUACACAGAUAAGAGGAGUUUUGAUUUAAAGUAAAGGUAGAUGACAACUGGGGACAGCUGGAAUGCUAUUGGUUUUAUUUUUCAGAGAGUUGUUAGUUUUCUGUUUCUACUGAAGGGGUUAGCCUUAACUGUGCUUAGAAAAUAAUUGCCUUGCUCUAUAAAAAAUGAAGGGCAUAAUACGUGGUAAAUUCAGAUAUCCUCCUACAGUAGUUUAAACUGACAAAUUAAUUUGAGUCUGUUUUCUUCCUAACCCAGACUUAGGCUGGUAUUCCCUUUAUGCACACAUCUAUAUUAUUUUCUUAAUCUCUUUUUCACUUUACUUUAGACAACUAUUAAUAACUACUGGCUUUGUGAUCCUGUAGCAACUUAAAGGAAAAGGCCACAUUGAUCUAGGGUGACCUAGCAAUCCUGCAGCACAGAGCAGGGAAUACUCUUAGGAAUUAUUGGAUGUUGAUUCCUGAGAUACAAUAUAUAUUUUUUUCCAUGAACGGUGCUGUUCUGAAGUCUUCAAUUUUUUUCCCUCUAAUAGUAUAAAUUUUAAUUUAAAAAAAAUCAAACAAAUUUGUUGAAACAUCAUUUUUCCCUGAGCUGCAGUGAGUAUAAUUCACUUGUCACCUCAGUGCUUUACAGUUUCAAGUGGUCACUUACCUGAUGGUUCCCAUAAGCCUUAGGCUUUACAGGGUCAUUAUCAUUGACUUAAAAUGAAGAAUUAACUUGUUACAUCUAAAAGAGCAAAAUAACACACUCCAGAACUUGCAGUUGUAGCAUUAGUUACUACAGUUUUGGGUGUUCUUAUCACCCAUGGGAUGCCUGCUUCUCACUACCGCCUGUGUCUGGACACGUGCUUAUGUCUCAUUUUCCUUUGGGCAUGUGGAAAGUUGUCAGUGCAGUGUAAGGCCAACAUGUGUGUGGCUUCUGUGUGUUGAUAAAAUGUUUUGAUAUCCUUGUCCUGUUCAUUUUUUAAGUGUACAAAAAACAGCCUGUUGAUUCUUAUUGAAGGCUACUUUUCUGUUUGAUUUUUUUUUUCUAUCCUAUACAUUUAAUUGAACUGUAUGGAAUUGUGAUAUUGGUUUUGUUUAUACAGCUAGAUUUUCCUCCCUUUUUUUGUGAUGGUCUUCCUUUGUUCUUUGGAUGUGUUCUUCUAGUUUUUUUCUCUCUUUUUUUCUCAUAUGUUCUUUCUACUCCCAACCCUUUCUUUCUCUCUCUGAUUGAGAGGCAUUGAAUUACGUUUCAGUAGUACAGGCUUCUUGCCGAUAUGAAGGGAACUUUUCAGAAAGAGACCUGCUCUAGGUCAUUUAAUUUUGAAUACAGUUUUCAAUCGUUCAAGUUUUGGAUGGUUUAUAUCUAACGUGUGUUUCAUUUUUUUGGAAAGCUAUAUUUUGUAUUUAGGAAAUGGUAUACUAUUUUGCUAUUUGUACUGAGUGAGUACAUUGGCAUAAAUAUAGAAAUUUAUAUAUAUACAUAUAUAUAAACUAUUCUUUUUUUGCCACACAUUUUUGUGGUAAAUUUGUGAGUUUGUCUGAUGUUCUACCACAACGUGGCGUCUGAUAACAGUGAGGGGGGGUUUGUUAUGUCUUUAUUGAGUAUUUAAGUAUCUUUUGAAAUAAAUGACCUGUUCAUCUGUGGCCAUUCCAUCAGGCAAUUCCUUGAUGUUAGUGAGCUAAAGGCAGCUUAUUGUGUGUUUGCUGGGUCUUUGACUCAGCAAAAUGUUAGAGUAAGGAAACCCAUAAAGGCAAUUGUGUCAAAUGGUGUUUCACAAGAAUGAGCCAUUCAGUCUUUGCUCACUUUAUAUUUAAUAUUUUAUUAUUGUUGUUAUUGUUAUUAAUUGGCUUUCUGUAUUCUAUGCCUUUUAUUUAUAAAGACACUAAAAAUAAAACCCAUGUUUGUAAUUUUAAUAACAUUUUCCCCAUCUUGUAAUAUCCAGAGCUACUUUAUAAAUUCUCUGAACCAAAAGUAUUUUCUUCGAUAUAGCUCUUCUCCCCCGACCCCUAUCAGGUAAAAUUACCCAGUAGAGUUCAGGUUAUGAGAAGGAUCAGCCACACAAUCCAGUGCUUCUGUUUUAAAAUACAAAAUUCUAACCCUAGAGGGCUGACUGUAAUGUCAGAGAAAACAAAUCCAGCAGCUAGAAAAAGUAGAAGUAAAAAACUGGUUUAUUUCUGAAUUUUUUUGAAUUUUUUUCUAAGAGACAUAGUAAAAUUAAGAAAUCUGUUCACUGAGUUUUAAUUAGAAUGUCUGUGACUACCAUACUCCGAAGUGGUAAGGAGAAGACUGGCUUGUGUGCUGGCUGACUUUUGUUCUGUGGUUUAGCAAGAGGUUUAUUGUUGUGAAACGUUAAUUGGCAAUGCCAAGUCACUGGGACCAAUUUUCUGUUUUAUAAUAUCUGAGUUUAGAACAGAACAUAAACCUGAACUAUAGUGGUUUGAUUGGAUGAAGGCAGAAAACCCAAUUUUUAGUCUCAUAAAUUUUAUGAUUAUUUAUACAAGGGCUGUGCUAUGCUCCCAUAUUCUUAUUCAAUUAAUAGGGUUUUUUUACAUUGGUAAAUGGUCCUUACCCCUAAAGGUCAAUUUUAAGUAAAACAUUCUUAAUAUACACUUUGGUUACAAAGAGUGUUUGUCUUCUUACUGAAGAGUUAGCUCAGUGGUUGAUACUUAUGCUAAUCAGUGCAGUUUCCCAAUUACUGUUACAAGUUAUAGCUGCAAUGGGGGAGACUUAGAAAGCAGCAAAAGUCUUGGAAGCAACAAUUUAUUAAAUUUAUUUAUGGCAGAAGGACCUAAACAAACUGUGAACCACAUUUUCUUUCUUUAUAUUGUUACAUUCAAUUUGUUCUUUCGGCAACUCACAUUAAUGCUUGGAGCUUAUCUGUGUAUGUGUGUGUGUGUGUGUUAGUGCAUGUG